AUGGCUCCUACAGUGCAGCAGCCGACAACUUACAUCCCGGAUGCCGAGAUUCCCCGUAUCGACGGUGGUACCUGGAAGCGAACCCAGCAGGGAACCUGGACCCGACCAUGCUCGGGAGGCGAGACUGGAGUCUCAUACAACCAAAAUGUCCGUGAUGGACACACAGAGCUGACCAUUCAAGUCCCCUUCAACAUCAACCUGUCGACUCGGGAAUUGGUCCAGCGCUUCCGCAACGCAUGGCUCGUCUCCCAUUCCCGGACCCCAGAGAUUGCCGUCCAGCUGUCGACGGGCACCGAGCUUCCCCAGAUGAUGAAGUACGAGGUGCUUCACUCGGAUGCGGAAGCCGCCGCCUGGAUGCAAGAGACCUUCCACGUGGUCACCGACCAAAAUGCUGCCGACGUGGUGAACAUGACGUACAACCGUCGUAUGCCCACCAAGGGAAAGCGUAACAUGAUGUACCUCGUCACGGGACCUCACGCGGACCCCCAGAACCCUACUCAGCACACUCUCGUCUGGAACUUGAGUCACGCUGUCGCCGAUGUUUACAGUAUCGUGCAAUUCCUCAACCAUUUCUUCAAGACUGUUACUCAGGUCGCUGGCGACCGGGACUACUCAGUCAGUCAAAUUGAUUACUCCGGGGUGGUGGGCCGUUUGCCCAUUAGCCCUUUGACUCCUUACCAGGAACAGUACAAGCCCAACCAGGAACAGAUUCAGCAGGCUAUUGCAGAUGCUGCCCGCCAAGGUGAUAUGUACAACUCCAAGAUGGGCCAAUCCGUCGCCAUGUACCCCGAGGAGGACAUCGCAGAGCGCGACCAUAAAACUCACUGCAUUCGCCUCCAGUACUCACUUGAACAAUCCAGGGCUCUCCUUGCCCAGCUCCGCGAAGAGAAGAUCAGUAUCACCUUUGCCACCGCGGCCGCGACAGUCCUGGCAGUCAAGCAGACCUACGCCAAGGGCCACGAAACCGGUGCUCUUCUCGGUAUGACCCGCAACGCUCGUCGCUGGGUCGACACCAAUGGACAGGCUGGAAAGAUCCCCGCGGCUGCCGACUGCGUCUUCCUUUGGAUUCCCUUCGAGCAGCAAUGGUUCCAAGGCUCGACCCGGGACUCUGUUCUUCACAUUGCCCGCGCCAUCCGAAAGGAGCUUGGUCCUCACCUUGUUUCCCCACACUACAUUUCCAGCAUGAACUUCACCUCUGCCCGGGCUGUGGAGGGCCUCGCGGCCUCCAAAGAGCCCACUGCUGCGCCCUGUGCGCCUGGAUUCUCGCCCCAGGGCGCCUUGGGCCUCGAGCGCGACUUCGAGUCCCCGACUGCUUCUAUCCAGGUUCAUGACUUCAUCCAUACCGGUCGUCAGAUCAAUGAUUCCGCUUGGGUGGGUAUGUUCUCCCUGUGGGAUCGGAUUACAUUGUCCAUUGGUUUCGAUGGCAAGUACUACGACCCCGCGGGUAUGGACACUUUCAUGGCUUUGACCAAAUCGAACCUGGCUUCGAUUAUUCCCCGCCGCUUCAAGCGGGGCAUCACUUCUAGACUCUGA